CGACGUGCUCGCGCCCGCUGGCCACUGCCCAUCUAUCCUCACUACCCUACCAAACCCUCCUGCCCAUUCCGCCGGCGAGAUGGCCCACCGCAGCCUCCUCCUCCUCGCCGUCCUCGCCCUCGCUGCGACCACCGCGGCCGGCUCCUCCUUCUCCGACUCCGAGCUGAUCCGCCCCGUCACCGACCGCGCGGCCUCCGCGCUCGAGUCCACCGUCCUCACCGCGCUCGGCCGCACUCGCGACGCACUCCGCUUCGCCCGCUUCGCCGUCAGGCACGGCAAGAGCUACGAGAGCACAGCAGAGGUGCAGAGGCGGUUCCGGAUCUUCUCCGAGAGCCUGGAGCUCGUCCGCUCCACCAACCGGCGUGGCCUCCCCUACCGCCUCGGCAUCAACCGCUUCGCGGACAUGAGCUGGGAGGAGUUCCGCGCGACCCGGCUCGGCGCGGCGCAGAACUGCUCCGCGACGCUCUUCGGCAACCACCGGAUGCUGGAUGCCGUCACGCUCCCGGAGACUAAAGACUGGAGGGAGGAUGGGAUCGUGAGCCCCGUGAAAAACCAGGGCCACUGCGGAUCCUGCUGGACCUUCAGCACUACUGGUGCACUUGAGGCAGCAUAUACGCAGGCCACUGGGAAGCCCAUCUCUCUUUCUGAGCAACAGCUUGUUGACUGUGCUGCUGCGUACAACAACUUCGGGUGCAACGGAGGCCUUCCUUCCCAAGCCUUUGAGUACAUCAAAUACAAUGGUGGCCUUGACACUGAGGAAUCUUACCCUUACCAGGGUGUCAAUGGCAUAUGUCAUUACAAGCCCGAAAAUGUUGGAGUCAAAGUUCUUGACUCAGUUAACAUCACUCUGGGUGCUGAGGAUGAACUGAAGAAUGCUGUCGGACUGGUUCGCCCAGUUAGUGUUGCCUUUGAGGUGAUUAAUGGUUUCAGGCUGUAUAAGAGCGGAGUUUACACUAGUGACCACUGUGGAACUACUCCCAUGGAUGUGAAUCACGCCGUUCUGGCUGUUGGCUAUGGCGUCGAAAAUGGUGUUCCCUACUGGCUCAUCAAGAACUCAUGGGGCGCGGACUGGGGCGAUAAUGGUUAUUUCAAGAUGGAGAUGGGCAAGAACAUGUGCGGUGUUGCUACUUGUGCAUCCUACCCUGUCGUCGAAGCAGCAUGAGGCGCUCAUGGAUUGCUCCGUGUCCUAUUAAUUUGCUUGGCGUCAAUAAGUCUAGCCUGAGCUUGGAGAUGAGUCUACAGAAGUGAAACUUUGUUGUGAAUAUAGAAUCAUGAAGGAAUUAGCCCCUGCUUGUACGUCUCUCCCGUAUGGUUGUGUAGGUAGAUUGUCAGUUGGAGUUUCGCAAUACUCAUACGUGGCUAUGGCAUUUUAUUUAUGGGACAAAAUUGCCAUUCGUGGUGCAGCCUGGGACAUUUUAUCAGCAAAUAAUGUACCAUGCGCAGAUUAUUAUUUUC